AUGCAUACAACUCACAAGGAUUACCACAGCGAGAAAGGUGGCUCCCGCCAUUUUGACAGAUAUCGCACGAAUAUCGGGACUCCGGAGGAGGAACGUGGGUUACGCAUUACGUUGAGAAAGGAAGGAGCUUGGUUACCUCGCCAUGAAGGUUCUUAUGUAAAGAUGCUUUCGGCUUCAUUUCGAAGAUAUUUGCAUACCGGGGGUCGACAAGGGCAGGCGAAGAAUGUCACCUUUUAUAUUCAAGUAGCCGUCCUAAGCGUGGGGUUUGCAAUCUUGGUUUCGAGCAUCGGAUUAUUGUAUGGAGUCAAGAAACCGAAUUUCUGGCUCUAUACUUAUACACGCCCAGUGUCAGUCUUCUAG